AUGCAGGCCGAGGAGGCCGCUGAUAGUGCGCUGGACGCAUCUGUGUCAGCCCCCUCGAAUGUACUAGAUUUCUCCAAGUUAGAAGCUUCGAUUCAAUCGUUCACGCGCCGCUUUGAUCAGUAUGUUCAGACGACGGUGGCAGCGUGUGACGAGGCACGUCUCAGCGCCGACGCGCAUCGAGCCGACCUGCAGGAGCACAUCAAGGCUCUUGAACGCGAGCGCGAAAAUACGAAGCACGAACAGAAAGAACUAUGGGAGCAGGUGGCAUCUGAGCGUGAUGCCGAUGGCAAACUCCGCACGAGUGUCCAAAACCUGGCGGCACAGCGCGAGGCUUUGGUCCAGCGCACGGCCAGUAUCCGGAACGAAGUGUCAGAAAUUCGGGCACAAAUGGAAUCACGAAAAGAGCACAAGCAGAUUCAGGUACAGCGGCUGCGUGAGCAAGUUCGACGGAACGCGCCAGAGCUCGCGCAGCUCGAGUAUCUGACAGGAUGCUCUCUUACUCCAAGUGUCAAGAACGGUGUCGUUACUUUCUCCUUCUCGCUCCUGUCCAGCACGCAUCCUACACGUACAGCUUCUAUUUCACUGGAUGUAUCCAAGGCGCAGUACAAAGUUCCUACAUACGACUCGCUGCUGUCUGCCGCUACUGUCAAGGCGCUUGUGCAGGAGCUGAGCAAGUCGGGUGAUCUGUACGCCUUUCUCAAGAAUAUUCGCCAGGCGCUGGUCGAAAGUUUGUUAUCAGCAGAUGCAUAA